CCACAAUAGGUGAGGUUUGCAGAGCUGGCUGACUGGCUGGCUGGCUGUAUGCAUGGUUUGGCUGAGCUGAGCCGAGUCGGCUGCACUGGACCUCCUGCUAUGUAUUGCUGAAUGGACAGGACGGGGCAGCGGACGCGAUAGAUGGCACGCUGGCUGGCACGCUGGCACGCAAGCAGACAAGCAGACAAGCAGGCAGACAGGCAUACAUAUAGGCAAGCAGGAAAGCAAGCAGGCAGACAAGCGGGCUAGGCGGACACAAGGAACUUUUUUAACCUACCUACCAACCUAGGGCGGACGAGGACGGGGCCGGGGACAGGGGUCGGGGACGGGGAAUAGGAAUGGGGCACCGGAGGGAUGGGGCACCAGGAAUCUUUUUUGUUUUCUUGUUUUUUUGUCGAGUCAAAGGCAGCACACGGGUACACUUUUACUUUACUUUUUCUACUUUUUUUUUUUUCUUCUGUCUUCGCUCUUCUUCGCUCUUCUUCGACGGCGGUAUCGACAUCGUCAUCGCUGCUUGGUUAACUCGCUCUUACUUACUUACAGCCAGUGUUCGUUUUUUUGGACGUCUCUUUUGUUGGAAGUUUUGUUCUUCUUUCAGUUUUCCUGGUGUGCGUUUUUUUGGUUUGGUGUUGUUUUCUUUACUUGCUUUGAUUUGCUUGCUUGUCUGCCUGCUUAACUGCUGGAUGCCUACCUACCUACAUACCUAUUCCACCACUACUACCAGCUCCUCUUUCUCUUCCUCUAUCUCAUCUCUUUCUCGUCUCCGUCUCUGUUUCCUUCUUCUGCUGCUUUUGCUUCUCGGUCCACUGCUGCUGUUGCUACAACGACGACUUCUAGCCGGGGUUGCUUGCCCCCUCAUCUUCCUGCGGUGUGGUGCAGUCGUUGGGGUCGUGGGAGUCUGCGCUAGUCCUUCCUACGCUGCUGUGCUGUGCUUACCUACCUACUUAUGGUUAUUGCUGCCUUAUGCCAUUUGUUUGCCUGUUGCUUGCUGCCUGUUGCUUGUUGCUUGUUGUUUGGUGUUUGCCUGCUUGCCUGCUUGCCUGUUUGGCUGGCGCUUGUGUGUGUCGUUUGCGUUUGUCUUGGCUUGUCUGCAUGUGUGUGAUGUGAUCGGCUUGGUCGGGCCUGGUUGGGUGAGCUGGGCUUUGGUUUGCUUGUGUGUGUGGUUGUGGUGAAGGGCAGGGCGGAAGUACCGCGAGUCGUGGUCGUGGUCGUGGUGAUGGUGGCUGGGGUUGGGGUGUGGGUGGGAGGUGGUAGUGGCGGCGGCGGUUGCGGCUGCGGCUGCGGCUGCGGUUUUUUACACGUACGCU